AUGACGCCUCCAACCACUUCCCCAGACAGCUCCCCGCGCUCCCCCUCAUCGCAUCCGCCAUCCCCCAAACGCAAGGCCGAUGCGUCCAACACCACCGCCUCCAACCGCCCCGUGAAGCGCCGUGCCUCGAAAGCGUGCCAGUGCUGCCGCGCCCGCAAGGUCCGCUGCAACGUCGUCGAGCAUGGAGCUCCAUGUACGAACUGCCGCUUAGACGAGGUGCCCUGCAUCGUCACUGAGAGCCGGAGGAGGAAAAAGCACCCAUACCACAACCUCAAGCCCACCGCGGAGGAGAGUAUAGGGAGUCCCACGAUGGCGGUGCACACGCACACGCACAUGCAGCACCCGCACCACCACCCCUUCUCAACCGCCGAGGCGCUCGCGAACGGCAGCGUGAACCCUAUCGAUAUCUCGAAUGGGAAUGGGAAUUUCCUCGGCGAGGACCACUCCGUCAGCUCUGUCGAUCAGGAUGAUGAGAUGGGAAAUUUCCACGUGCCGCAUGGUUUGUACCACAACCAAAUGUCGAAUUUCGACCAAUCCGCCACCCCGAGUGUUUUCUCCCUAGAACCACCUACCUUCACAAAUCUCGUCUCUGGCUUCGCAUCGGAACUUGCACCCCCGUCUUUCGUGCCCACCAACUCGCUCCCCCCGCCCCCGCAACACCGUCCGCAAUCAGCACGCCAGCUCACCAACGGCCUUCUCCCCGCCUACAUCAAGCCCCUAAACGCGCGCAUCUCCAUCGAAGACGUUGGCCACCUCUGGAAGAAGGGUGCGCUCACCCUCCCCGAUGUGCCUUUCCGCGACGCCCUGCUGAGCGCGUACGUCGAAUACGUGCACCCGUACAUGCCGCUCAUCGAGCUGCGCGAUUUCUUGAACAUCGUGGACGAGGGAACAGGGGAUUCUGGAAGGAUCAGCCUGUUGUUGUUUCAGGCGGUUAUGUUUACGGGCGUAGCGUUCGUGGAUAUGGCCUAUCUCACCGCGGCGGGCUAUGCCACAAGGAAGGGUGCAAGGAAGGCGUUAUAUUUGAAAUCUAGGGCCCUGUACGAUUUCGACUACGAGACCGACCGCGUCGCCAUCGUCCAGGCCCUUCUCCUCAUGACCUACUGGUAUGAGACCCCAGACGACCAGAAGGACACCUGGCACUGGAUGGGAGUCGCCAUAUCCCUCGCCCACACAAUCGGCCUACACCGCAACCCGUCACCGACCUCUAUGCCUCCGCGCAAGCAGAAGCUAUGGAAGCGGAUAUGGUGGUCCUGCUUCAUGCGCGACCGCCUCGUUGCCCUCGGCAUGCGCAGACCAACCCGCAUAAAGGAUGAGGACUUUGACGUGCCGAUGCUUGACGUCGAGGACUUUGAGACGGAAGAGCUCCCCUCGCAUAUCCUCUCAUCCUGCGGAGCACUCCGCAACUCCGUCCUCCUCACCGAUCUCGCACACCUCUGCAUCGCCAAGGCCAAGCUCUGCCUCUGCAUCUCCCACGUCCUCGGCGCGCAGUACUCCGUCCUCAUCCGCGACCAGGGCCAAGCCAUGGGCCAAGAAGGCAACACCCGCAGCAGCGUCAUGCUCUUCCCCAAGAAACUCGACCAGACUGACGAGGUGCGCGACUGCGACUCGGAACUCGCCGAAUGGCUCGUCUCCCUCCCCGAACCCUGUCUCUACCGCGCCCCCACCCCCUCCGACGUCGACGCCGGCCAGGCCAGCCUCGUCGUCCAGCGCGCCCUCCUCCACAUGUGCUAUCACGCCACCCUCUCCGCCCUGCACCGCCCGCAGGUCCUCCCCUCGGCCGAAACAGCCGCGCACCCACAAUGCCGCGCCCUCCAGGACGUUUCGCGCCGGCAGGUCCGCGAGGCCUCCCGCGAGAUCACGCGCGCUGCACAGGCACUCUUCCACCUCCAACUCGCGCGCUACCUCCCCACAACCGGCGUCACCGUCCUCCUCCCCGCCAUCAUAAUCCACCUCCUCGACAUCAAGAGUCCGAACAGCGGCACCCGCGAUGAGGCCCGAAGGGGUUUCGCGAUGUGUAUGGCUGUUCUGGAGCUGCUGCGCGAUAACUACGCUGCGGCGGACUUUGCGACGCAGUUCCUCGGCGCGGCGAUGCGGAAGGCGGGGAUUGAUUCUGCGGAGUCGCCGUUGAGAGGGGAUGCCCCGAGCGCUCGGGCUGGGCUCACCCCGCCACCGGACUCGGGGGCUAGUGGUGCCGGUGCACCGCCGCCACAAGCCGGAUUUUGGGAUGGUGUUAACGGCACACCUAAUGGUAUGGGUGUUGGUGAAGUUACCACCCCACCCGAUGACAACGCAGACGCCGAGGUGAAACUUGGUAACUGUGUUGGUGCUGGGGAGGAGGGGGUGUUUGAGGAGCAAUUCGGUGCGCUGGUUGAUUUUGGAGAGGGUGGUCCGGGAGCGGAUGGUGCGGAGAUGGUGGGGGGGAUGCAUGGGGAGAGUGGGGGGUUUAUGAUGGGUGGGAUGGAGUUUGGUGGCAGUUGGGGGGGUGUGAUGGUUGAGUAA